GCCAUCACCACCCCUUCUACCUUCUUUCUUUCGCAGUAGUAACAGCAGCAGCAGUAGUAAUUCUCUUUCCUCACCGCCCCCCGUCUGCAUUCUACAACCCAAAGCAAUUCUUUCUUCGCCUUGCUUGAUCAACACUCUCAUCCCCUAUUUUACUACUACUCAGUCUGUCCUGCUGUCGGGGUGUUUGUCUUUCUCCCCUUUUUGUGCUGAGCACCUCUCGUACAUCAUCACUUUUGUACAUCUCAAAAAAGUUCCAUCCCCUACCGUCAAAAAGAGUCGGUCGUCGUCUGCUUACCUCCCGUCCUUAUUCUGGCCCACAUCGCCCACACGCAUCCCUAUUACAAGUUGGUGUCUUUAACUAUUUUUCUCUUUUUCUUCCCAUCUCCGGUCCCAUCAGCCUCGUCCCCACAGGGACUUUAAUCGGCUUACAAAAGGAUUUGAUUCUACAGCCGUCUGGUCUAACCCAACUGCGGAGCAAUUUUCCCUCCUUCUCUUUCUUUCGACGACUACUCUAACUCUCCUUCUGUACUUAAUCAUCGGCACAUUUUUCUGUCGAGCGCUUCUCUCAUUUUUCAUCCCAUUCGGUAUUCUGGGACUGUUAACUGAGACCUAACGACAUAUCGUCGGAUCGUCUUCUUAUUUUCUAAUCUGCCAUUUUUGACGAGUGGUUUUGCCGCCCUUACUAUCCCUCAUUAAGAGCUAGACAUCAUGAGUAUGGACGCAGGCGGUCUUGCUCAAAUUAAUUACUUCCACCAACAGGGGAACCCGGCCUCCUUCGCCUCCAGAGGAAAGGGUUCGCACCUUAGGAAUAUUUCUGUGCCAGUUCCUUCCAACAACCUCUCUGCCCCGGCAGACAAUCAGACCGUCACCACUCCUCGCACGGCAAGGUCUGCUUUGUUGGCUGGGCUUCGGACUGCGCCGAGGACUCCGAACCCAACCCCCGCUUCUGCUCCUCCAGCAGAGAGUGGUCUCGAAUCCAGGUAUAACCCGCCUGGAUCGUCCGAUUUCCCUCCGCAAAAUGCCCGUUCUAGGCAGUCCCCUAACCGCUACCAAGGAUAUCAGAGUUCUCAGGGUACUCCCUACUCUGCGGCUUCCCAGCAGCUGCCUACCCCUCCGUCAUCUUCCCCCGCACUCGGCUUGAAUGGUGAAAUGUUCGAGUUGUCUGACGAAACUGACAAUGAGAGGUAUCAACAAUUGCUCGCGACCAAUUUCAUCCUUGCUCAGAAGCAGGCUGAGCUCCAGGCUCAGUUGGCUAACUCUGUCGCUGCCCAUCAACUUCUUCAAUUGCAGCAGCUUCAGCUCCAGUCUUCUGGAUCUGGCAACUUUUCAACUCCCCCUAUGAGCCCUGGAGGUAUGGGCUCCUACAUGCAGCAGUCCGCAAACGCUGCCAACAUGAAUGCAAAUAGAUACUACCCUAUCUACAAUGGCAUUUAUGGAUACUACGCACAGCCUCAAGUUUCGGUGGACUACUUGCAGCAAUUCCAGCAACAGCAGCAAUCCCCUCCUGCUUCUGCUCAAUCUGAGAAUAGCGCACCUGUUUACCAGCCACCCCAGCAGCAGCAACAGCAACAGCAAACACAACUUCAGGAGAAGCAAUCUCCCACUUUGAAUGCUUCUACUGGACGUUCGGGUCGUUCUAGGUCACCACCAAAGCUCACACUUAAUCAACCUAACUCGAGCGGUUUCAAGCGUGGCCAUAGGAAGGCUAGCUCUUUGUCCACUUGUGUGAAUGUGAGCAACUUGGAUAUCGCGGAACCUCCAAAGACCUCACUCCCUAAGAUAAUGCCCACCACACCGAUGACGGCAACCUUUGCCCCAGGACAUGCUAGUGGAUCUCACCCUAUUCGCCAACCUCGUGGUCCUCCAGCUAUCGAAGAGUUGAAGGCUAAGCCAACAAACAAGGAUGGAGGAAGCAAGAACUUUGCAACCAGACAACGCCGACGGGCCGUCUUCAAGUUGGUUACCGCAGGGAUGGAGAGGAGGACCGCUAGAUCUGCUUCUAGCUCUAUCGGUGGCACUAUGACACCUGUCUCGGAAAAUGAAUGUUCUGGGUUUGAGGAUGUUGAGAGUGUGUCUUCAUCUCUCUCCGGGCGUGCAAGUCGUACAAGCAUUCGCGGAGGGGAUUCUCCGCAAGACUACAGCGCGUCUAGUGUCAGUAGCGAUGAGAGCGUUGGUACAAAACAGACUGAGAGUAAAGAAUCUGGUGGAUUGAAGGCUCCCAGAUUAGUUUUCGGCUCUGCAACGAAGAGAAAUAGUGCCCAGUUUUAAGCGCGUGAUUUCUUGGUGUUAAUGCAUUUGUCUUUGGUCGUAUCAGGCCGUUACUUUCACUGGUUAUUUUGUUUCCCCCGUUGUCCUUUAUUCCUUGAUGUUACCCCUGUUUGUGCCUUUACUAUUGGUGUUUGAAAACUCGUAUGUUAUGAAUUAAGUGUUUGGGAUGGACAGUGGGUAAAAAAAAAAAUUUUUGGAAAUGGGGGAACAAUAUCUUCGUUUCACUGCUUUUUCUCCUUUUAAACUCUUUUUUUCCUUUUAGUUUGGGGGAAUGAAAUCUGGGAAAGGGCGAGAAAUACCAGGGACAAACGGAAAUCCUCGAGGAAUUUUUCAAUACGGAUGAGAAAUAUGAUUGAGGUAGUUGGUUUUUUCUUUUUUUAUCUUCCUUACUCGGUUACUUAACUUUGGUGAUGACAUGGGGUGUGUUGGGGAAGAGGAUAAUUGCAAGCAAAUGGACACUUGGAAUGGAUUGGACGGAAUGGGGAAUUGGGAGAGAUUAUUUGUAUUUUUUUUUUUUUAGUGAAAUUCGGGAUCGUGUUUUUUACAUGACUUGUUAAUUGAGGUUGUGGAGUCUUUUCUUCUGUUUCCUUUUCUUCAAAUCCUUGUGGACGGGGGUGGAUUGGAUUGAAUUGAACUGAAUCGAACUGAAUUGAAGAGCAGCAAUGAGAGGGAAUUGGAGAAAUUGCAGAUUGAUUGAUUCGUUUUUUUUUUUCCCUUUGGAAUUCGAGAUGGAGGGAUAAUGGGGGCAAAUGCAAAAAGCAAAGAAUGAGGUUCAGAAGGGAGGAACAAAAAAAAAAAGGGACCCGAACUUUGGGCGCGCGCGCACGAUUGGGAAACAUUUUUCCUGAGUCGGACCAACAGACGGACCCGUUUGAAGAUACGGUAGUUGCUUGUGUGUGUGUGGGACGCGGUAUGCACACAGUUUUGCUUUUCAUUCUUUAGAUGAUGUACUUGUAUUUUCCAUAUCUCUCCCCUCUUUUCUUUUACUCUCUGUGUUCAUUGCGUUUUCUGAAAUCUGUUAUCUCUAUUCUCUAUUCUUCCUUUUUUUCCAACCAAUAUAAUACUUGUACUCUACCAAAA